AUGUCAUUUUUAUUGCCAUAUAUGACAAAUAGAAAGAGGGAGGCCAAUUUAGAUGAUAAUGGUAUGGAAAACACAUCUACUCCAACGCAAAAUGAAAUUGUUGACGUAAAUGAUGACAGUAAAAUUUCUGAAAAUAAUUACCAGGAGUCAUCAGCUUUGGAAAAUGAAAAUAACUUAUCCAAUAGAAAUGAUGAAAACAUAGACAUAGUUUUCAAAGAACAGCAAAAAAAAAAAAAUAAAAAAAAAAAAACAUAAACAACUUAAUCCAACAAUCUAUUUUGAACCGUGAACAGAGGGCAAAAAAAAGAGCGAUUGAACGAAAAAAGUUGAAAGAUUCUAAACCACAUGCUGAUCCACUUUAUCAUUUCUUCAUGUCAAUGUAUCACACUACUCAAAAACUACCAACGGCAACUCAAUUAACAAUAAAAAAUAAAAUAUUUGAGACUGUUUCUCAAGCUGAGGCUGCUCUUUUGAACAAUCUGAACACUUCAUUUCAAUAUUAUUUAGAUGGAUCACCUCAGUCUACUACCACGUAG